AUGGGUGCGACCAAUAUCUGCCUUCGCAAAUUCGAUGGACCAAUAAUCUUUGAUCUUAUCAAAAAACAUGGUGUGACUCACAUGUGCGGUGCACCUGUGGUGCUGAACAUGUUAACAAACUCACCCAACAAUGAAAAGCUUCAAAACCCAGUUCAGAUUCUCACAGCAGGGGCUCCACCACCAGCUGCCGUGCUGUUCAGGACCGAGUCGUUGGGUUUUGUGGUGAGUCAUGGCUACGGGUUGACUGAAACGGCUGGACUCGUUGUUUCGUGUGCGUGGAAACGAAAGUGGAAUCGUUUGCCAGCGAGUGAAAGAGCGAGGCUAAAGUCUAGACAAGGAGUGAAGAUUAUUGGGAUGACUGAAGUGGCCGUUGUGGAUGCUGAGUCAGGAGCGAGUGUGAAACCAGAUGGGUUAACACUCGGUGAAGUUGUAUUCAGAGGUGGGUCAGUGAUGCUUGGUUAUUUCAAAGACCCAGAGGGUACCUCUAAAUGUAUGACAGAGAAUGGUUUGUUUUACACUGGUGAUGUGGGAGUAAUGCACCCAGAUGGGUAUUUGGAGAUCAAAGAUAGGUCCAAAGAUGUGAUCAUAAGCGGUGGAGAGAAUUUGAGCAGUGUGGAAGUUGAGUCUCUGCUUUAUACACAUCCAGCGAUUAACGAAGCAGCUGUGGUGGCUCGGCCCGAUGAGUUUUGGGGUGAGACACCUUGUGCUUUUGUGAGCUUCAAGGAAAGGUUGAAAUCGAAGCCGAGCGAGAAGGAGAUUAUGGAGUUUUGUAGAGCUAAAUUGCCGCACUAUAAGGUGCCUUAG